GAUUAUGCUCGUAAUAGUAAUAGUCGUGAGUAUGCGUUCUUGUUGAAAAUCGUGAACGCGCUUAUGUAGAUGUUGUGUGAGUCACAGCCGUCCGUGCUAGGUAGAGAGUGGUGGAUAUUUAGAUAAAACAAGGCUAGUAACGAGGAAUAAGGAAGAUAGGGAACUGAGGAACGCAGUUAACUGGUGCAGCCCGUUGUAGUUGUACAGUCUGUUGAACUGAUCUUAAGGACUAUCGUGCCCAAGCGGGUUGUUGUGGACAGAAAGGUUUGCCUUUUGUUGUUGAUACUGCCGCUCCCGGAGGAGGAAUGUCGGGGAGCCGGGACGAGGAGCGGCAAAAACUGGCCGACAUCAUUAACCACUGGAACGCCAACCGGCUCGACCUGUUCGAAAUCAGUCAACCCACUGAGGACCUAGAGUUUCAUGGGGUGAUGAGAUUCUACUUUCAAGACAAAGUAGCUGGCAACUUUGCAACAAAAUGUAUCAGAGUAUCUAGCACUGCUACCACACAAGAUGUGAUAGAAACUCUUGCUGAGAAAUUCCGCCCAGAUAUGCGAAUGCUUUCUUCUCCCAAAUAUUCCCUCUAUGAGGUGCACGUUAGUGGGGAAGAACGAAAACUGGAUCCAGAAGAAAAGCCUCUCGUGGUUCAAUUAAACUGGAACAAAGAUGAUAGGGAAGGAAGAUUUGUACUGAAAAAUGAAAAUGAUGUAAUUCCACCAAAGAAAGUUCAGACUAAUGGACCAGACAAACAAGAAAAAGGGGUUAUAAUAAACUUUAAAAGAACUCUUUCAAAGAAAGAAAAGAAAGAGAAGAAGCGGGAGGCACUAAGACAGGCCACAGAAGACAGUGACAGAAUACUACACAAAGAUGAGAGUGAGAAUUCUAGGUUAGCAGCAGAAGUAUACAAAGAUAUGCCUGAGACAAGUUUUACCCGUACCAUAUCAAAUCCAGAGGUUGUCAUGCAGCGACGGCGGAAACAAAAAUUAGAAAAAAGAAUGCAGGAGUUUCGUAGCAGUGAUGGACGGCCAGACUCAGGUGGAACACUAAGGAUUUAUGCGGACAGUUUAAAACCAAAUAUACCCUACAAGACAAUCCUCUUAUCUACAACAGACACAGUUGACUUUGCUGUUAUUGAAGCCUUAGAGAAGUAUGGAUUGGAAAGGGAAAACCCAAAGGACUACUGUAUAGCUCGGGUUAUACUACCUCCUGGUUCUCAGCAUUCUGAUGACAAAGGUGCUAAAGAAACUAUCCUUGAAGAGGAUGAGUGCCCACUUCAAAUCUUCAGGGACUGGCCUAGUGAUAAAGGAACUCUGGUCUUUCAGCUGAAGAAAAGGCCUCCCGACUUUGUACCAAAGAAAACAAAGAAACAAGUUGAUGGAAAGCCAUUGAAGGGGAAGGAGAGAAUUGAUGCAUCUGGGUAUGGUUCCUCCUUGCCACCUGAGAAAUUACCCUACCUUGUUGAACUAAGUCCUGAUGGUUCUGACUCCCGAGAUAAGCCAAAGCUUUAUCGUCUACAGCUAAGUGUUACUGAAGUUGGAACAGAAAAGUCUGAUGAAAACUGUAUUCAGUUGCUAGGCCCUGGAAUCCAGCCUCACCACUGUGACCUCACUAACAUGGAUGGAGUAGUCACUAUCACACCAAGAAGCAUGGAAGCAGAUACUUAUGUUGAUGGUCAAAGGAUUACAGAGACGGUCAUGCUGCAGAGCGGCAUGAAGGUGCAGUUUGGGUCAUCUCAUGUAUUCAAGUUUGUUGAUCCCACACAUGAUCACAUAUUAUCCCGAAGACAUGCAGAGGCUGGUCCUAUGCUCAAAACCCACAAGCAUAAACCAGGCAGUGUCCAAGAAACAUCAUUUGAUAUUGAAGGAGAUAUGCACAGUGGAUCAAUAUUACCUGUGAGCAAGAGCUCUAGUAGGCUGGACAGUGAAAGAACUACAUCUGCUUUUAGCGUAGCAGAACGAAGUACUGUGAAACCAAUGAUUCGUGUGGAUCAGCAACAGGAUUUCCUCAGACAAGAUGACCGAUCUCCGGAUACUCAGGGGCCUGAACUGACUCUGCCAGCAAGCAUCGAGUUCAGGGACAGCUCUGAAGAUGCCUUCUUAUCUGCAGUUAUUAACUACACUAACAGUUCCACUGUGCACUUUAAACUGUCUCCAACUUACGUGUUGUAUAUGGCUUGCCGUUAUGUCCUCUCUAGUCAGUACCGACCAGAUAUGAGUCCUGCCGAACGUGCACACAAAGUCAUUGCAAUAGUAAAUAAGAUGGUGAGCAUGAUGGAAGGUGUGAUCCAGGAGGUAGACCAGGGUGAUCAGAAGCAAAAGAACAUUGCAGGAGCACUUGCAUUUUGGAUGGCUAAUGCUUCAGAGCUACUCAAUUUUAUAAAGCAAGACCAUGACCUCAGUAGAGUUACCCUCGAUGCCCAAGAUGUCUUGGCUCAUUUGGUUCAAAUGGCAUUCAAGUAUUUAGUACAUUGUCUUCAAUCAGAUCUUAACAAUUACAUGCCUGCUUUCCUUGAUGACCCAGAUGAGCAAAAUACCCGAAGUCCCAAAAUUGAUGAUGUCUUGCACACGCUGACUGGAGCAAUGUCCUUGCUGCGCCGUUGUCGAGUGAAUGCUGCUCUAACCAUUCAACUUUUCUCUCAACUGUUUCAUUUUAUCAACAUGUGGCUUUUCAACAGGUUGGUUACAGAACCUGAUUCAGGCCUGUGCUCCCAUUACUGGGGAGCAAUCAUUCGCCAGCAAUUGGGCCACAUUGAAGCUUGGGCUGAGAAGCAGGGACUAGAGCUAGCUGCUGAUUGCCAUCUAAGUCGGAUAGUACAGGCGACUACAUUGCUUACUAUGGACAAGUACUCUGCAGAAGACAUUCCAAACAUAAACAAUACGUGUUUCAAGUUGAAUUCAUUACAGCUUCAGGCUCUCCUUCAGAACUAUCACUGUGCAUCUGAUGAGCCGUAUAUACCAACUGAGCUAAUAGAGAAUGUGGUGUCAGUAGCUGAAAACACAGCAGAUGAACUAGCUCGUAGUGAUGGCCGGGAGGUUCAGCUGGAAGAGGAUCCAGACCUGCAGCUGCCUUUCCUUUUACCAGAGGACGGUUAUUCUUGUGAUGUUGUCAGAAAUAUUCCAAAUGGGCUUCCGGAAUUUUUGGAGCCACUCUGCCAGAGAGGAUACUGUAGACUUGUUCCACAUCCUCGGGCUCCAGGCAGUUGGACUGUGUAUUUUGAAGGUGCUGAUUAUGAGAGCAACUAUUUACAUGAAAAUAGUGACCUGACUCGGCCUUUACGUAAAGAACCAGAGGUAAUUACUGUCACACUAAAGAAGCAGAAUGGAAUGGGUCUGAGCAUUGUUGCUGCUAAGGGUGCUGGCCAAGAAAAACUUGGAAUUUAUGUCAAGUCUGUUGUGAAAGGUGGAGCUGCAGAUUUAGAUGGUCGUCUGUCAGCUGGAGACCAACUGCUAAGCGUCGAUGGACAGAGCUUAGUUGGACUUUCGCAAGAAAGGGCGGCUGAGUUGAUGACUAAAACUGGUUCAGUGGUGACACUUGAGGUAGCGAAGCAAGGUGCUAUUUACCACGGUUUGGCAACUCUUCUUAGCCAGCCUUCCCCGAUGAUGCAAAGAGUGUCAGAUCGUCGUGGCAAUGGAAAACCUCGACCAAAGAGUGAAGGCUUUGAGCUUUACAGCAACUCCACACAAAAUGGCUCACCAGAGAGUCCUCCUUUAGACUGGACAGAGUAUACUGAACCAAAGAAACUGCCAGGGGAUGACAGGCUAAUGAAGAAUCGUGCUGACCAUCGUUCUAGUCCCAAUGUGGCAAAUCAGCCCCAGAGUCCUUUGGGAAAGCCUGUUUAUUCAGGUGUGCCUAAUGCUAAAAUUACUUCAGUCUCAACUGGAAAUCUCUGUACUGAGGAGUUGACACCAUCACCAAGGCCUGAGGCAUAUCCAAUUCCUACUCAGACAUCCACUAGAGAAUACUUCACAUUUCCAGCAUCUAAAUCCCAGGACAGGGUUGUUCCUACUCAUGGACAGUGGCCACCUUAUGAAGAAAGUUUUCCAGCAGAAGAUAUCCCAGUCAGUGCUGCAGUGCAGCGUGCUACUCGUUCUCAGGAGGAAUUGCGUGAUGACAGAAUUUUCCUUAUGGAGAGGAAUCGACAUGAGGAGAUCAUCAGUAGAGACAUGGAAUAUCACAUGGAUCCAAGGCACAAUGGUGAGGAUACCUGGACUAGCUUAAGCUCAUCUCGAGAGUCCAAUGCAUCCAGUCAGGAGCAUUUGAACUAUGCUCCUAGGCCAGGUCAUCCUGCUUCUAGUUUAAAUAAAACUGGUCCCGGACGCUGGAAAAUGCCAGUACCAAGUCAGCCUACACCAGUUGCUGUCUCUCAGCCUAUAAGGACAGAUCUCCCUCCCCCUCCACCACCACCACCUGUGCUCUAUCCGGCAGAUUUUGAUAACAUCCACGCAGAUUUACCCCUGCCACCCCCUCCCCAUCCCAAUCAGUUAUCAGUACAGAUGCCACCCUCUUCUUCACAGGCUACUGCAGCAGCAGACAGAAAAAAAAGGGAGGAUCAGCAACGUUGGUAUGAGAAGGAAAAGUUGCGCCUAGAAGAAGAGAGGGAGAGGAAAAGGAGAGAGCAGGAGAGAAAGCUUGGUCAGUUGCGUAGUCAGGCAGCAGUUCCUGCUCAGCCACUGUAUCCAGUGCCACCUGUACAACAGGUUAGGCCUGAAAAACCUGCUGCUUUGCCAAGACCCCCAGACACUGUCAUUCGGGAGCUGCUGCCCCAGCAGCAGCCUCGCACCAUUGAGCGCCGUGAUCUGCAGUAUAUUACAAUCAGUAAAGAAGAACUGUCUUCAGGUGACAGUCUUUCACCUGAUCCUUGGAAGCGUGAUGCCAAGGAGAAACUAGAGAAGCAGCAGCAGAUGCACAUUGUGGACAUGUUAAGCAAAGAAAUUCAUGAACUACAAACUAAGUCUGAUCGUACAUCUGAGGAUACGGAUCGUUUACGUAAACUCAUGCUGGAAUGGCAGUUCCAGAAACGUCUGCAGGAAUCAAAGCAGCAAGAUGAUGAUGAUGACGAUGAUGAAGAGGAAGAUGAUGAUGUAGAUACUAUGCUGAGACAAAGACUAGAAGCAGAAAGAAGGGCACGGACUGCUGUUCCUGCAAUCUCUGUUCUAGAUUUGUUACAGGAUGAAGAGCGACGACGGCAACAGCAACUGGAGGAAAUCUGCAAGCGAGAAGCUGAAGAGAGGGCCAGACAGGAGGAGGAACGUCAUCGUAGAGAGGAGGAGCAAGCAAAGAAGGAAGCAGAGGAAAAGAGAAGACAAGAGGAAGAGUACUAUAAUCGUUUGGAAGCUGAAAGACGCAGGCAGCACGAAGAGGCUGAACGGAAACUGUUGCAACCAGACGAGCCUGGUCUGUACAGACCUCCUCUCCCACGGGACUAUGAACUCCCACCCCCACCCCCCUCAUCUAACGCUCCUCCGCCCCCACCUCAGAGAAACACUUCUUACCUCAAAACACAGGUCCUGUCCCCUGACACGAUUUACACAGCCAAGUUUGUUUCGUACGAGGAUGAGGAUGAGGAUUCCAAACUAGCAGGUCAGGCUAAGUACUCCAGUACAAGAAAGUCCUAUGGUGACCUUCCUCCUGCUCCUAAGCCACAGCAGCCUACUCAGCAGCCCCGCCCGGUGUCAGAUGGCAUCUUUCUUUCCAGCUCAUUCCAGCUGCCCGCUACCAAUUCCAACAGUACUGCUGCUAAGGCAGGUCCACCCCUUCCCCCUCCAAACAAACCACACAUCACAACACUCAGCAACUUAAAAGGGCCAAAUACUUACAGUGGGUCUUCAACAGAAUUCACUGCAGGACAGGAUAUUUACAAAGACCUAAGAGACAAACGGGGUAAAAGCCAGGAUAUUGAAGGGCAGGAAUUGAAGGAAGCCCCAGAAACUAUGACUUUCAAGGAGCGACAGCGCCUUUUUUCUCAAGGACAAGAUGUUUCAAAUAAAGUAAAAGCAUCAAGGAAGUUAAUGGAGCUGGAAAAUGAACUGAACACUAAGUAAAGACUGGAGUCUUACCAAGUCGGAAAAUUAUGUAUUUUUGUUGAGUUGGGAGGGGAAAAAAGAGUGUCUAUUUUGCUUUGUAAAGAGUUGUUUUAUGAUUCCUAUUUUCUUGGAGCAGUUUUCCAGGUUAGAAAUGAUGCAGCUGAAGUUCCAAGAGAAGUCAGUUGUUUAAUGUACCAAGAAAUUUUGAAUUAUAUGUUGAAAUAAAGCACUGUAUUAAAUGUUUUCACUUCAGAAGUCAUAUGAAGGUAAUCACUUUUUGUAUUAUCAGUUUGAGGUUAGCGUUUACUGGAAGACACUAGUGAGACUAUUGCACGUUUUACAGCAUAUUCUUUUCUCCAUAUGUCACGGAGGCCAGUGCCUCUUUUGCAGCUGCAAAGCAGUGGGUAGUUUUAAUCUGCUUUAUGAAAUCCACACAGUAGCCUGGAAAUUUAACUCAUGCCUCAGUUUUCAAAGAAAAAAUACAAGCUGUUACAGGAAAUCUCAUGUUACAGUUUCUGGGGGUGUAAUUGCAUCUUUUUAACGUCACCUUGCAUGCUUCAGUUUACACUUAACACUUAAUGAACAGUUUGGUAAUGGGGAUAUUAAUGAAGGAACUUUUUUUUUUUUCCAAAAUGCAGUAUUUAAGCUAAGCCCCUCUUAUGAAACAUUCAGGUUCAUAUCUAAUGUGCAAAAGCAGCCACAUUCCAUGGAUUCCUUCUUGGCAGCUCAGACUACUUAAUGCUUAUGGUAGGCGCCUUAUUUAACUUUAAUUGUAUUUCUGUUUGCUCCUCCCUCCCUCUUCCCAUAUCAUUUCAUUUAAUUUCAACUAUGCAUACAUGGCAGAUGUUCAGAACGUGAUCCUUAAUAGACUGGUUUUCCGUCUGUGGUGUAAUACACUAAUGUGACUGCAGCCAACAAUUUUGUUACUCUGGAUCUUUGAAUGUAUUUUAGAGGAGCUGGAAUUUCCUGUACCAUACAGUUUCCCUGGAUAUAUUUAGAAACAUCUGCACACUUUAUUAAUGUAGAGGGUAGAAUUCACUGCCUUAGAAACAAAAUCACUUUAACAAAAGUUGUAUCAUAAAUGAUUGCAAAUUAAUGAAAAGCUGUGUGUAAAUAUUUUUUAUGUAUGGAAAUGUCUUACUUGGAAAGGAAAUAUGCUUUUUACCAUCUCACAUGAUUGAAGCUAAAAGUUUAAAACAGCAGUGCAGGUAUUUUUUUUUAUUACAGUUGAAAUUAAUAAAAUGUAUAUGCAUAUGUGGUAAAUUUGCUUUUCUGAAUCCUUGUUUAUGCUGUGCAAUAUAUUUCUUUAUUUUGCUAAUUUGGCUACUCCUCCCUGUACAUCCUGGCAUUUGAAAGCCAGGUGAGUCACUGCAUGGCUUGUGGGACAUCUGAAUAUCACUACUAUGAUAUAAACACUAAUGCUGAGCAGAAAACCAUCACAGCAAAGUGAAGUAAAUGAUGCGGGGUAAGCCACUUUUUUCUUGACAGUUCAAUUAUUUAAAAUACAGACUUGAAAUGCUGGUGGAACUGGAGGAUAAGAUAGGUGGCUGAAAAAAAUCUGAAAUUGUUUUACACUAAGAGAAAAACUGGUAGGGUUGCACUGCUGUUUUUUUUUUUUUUUUUUUGGGGGGGGGGGUUCAAGUGCUUGUGGAGAAGGUUCACAAGACCAAACGUUGGUAACUUAAAUCCUGAUGGAAAUGCUAGCAGCACUAGGAAGGAAGAAAACUGUCCAGAUAACUUAUUUUUUGUAUGUGUGUGUUUGUGUGUGCGCGCGCGCGUGUGCAUGUAUGUGUGUAUAUUUUAAUUGGAUGAUUUUCCUUAGUUCGCUGCUAGUGUUUGGUAAGGGCAUAGAAGGGAAGUAAGAAUAUUUAAGUUCUGACUUCACUGAAUUUCAGCUGACUGUGGUUAUAACUGACAUGCUUUCACAACUGUGGUUAUUACUGAAAGCAUUGAAACUGCUGUAGUCUCAUUCCUACUGUAUUUUACUUGCAAACUAUUUUUAAUAAACUUUGUUAUGUAUUUCA